AGUAUACCUAAAACAUACCACGACCAAAAACAUUUUUAAAUCAUUUCCCCUUCCUUUAUCCCUACCUUCCGGAACUCUGCGCAGCUGUGGUGUUGGUAACUGCGAGUAGCAAGGUGAGCAGAGAGGAAAUGAGACUAAUGAGAGUGCUCACGCACGAAUUUUGCGUGUUCACCCUACUAGUGCUGCAAGCAAAACCUGGGGGCAGCACUAAAAGGGGGGCACGCAAAACCCGUAAGCAGCACUCUCAUUUCCUCUCUGUCUCUGGUAGUAUGGUAUAGUUUAAAUGUGACGUUUGAAAACUAAAAAUCUAACCUCCUCUGGUUUGUGUAUUUAUAAAUCGCAUUUACAGCGCAAUAGACGCUGCUUGACUGUAGAUAUCAUGGAUAACGAUGCGGCUGCACUACAGAAUUUGGAACGUUUGAUGACAGAGUUUUUCGUACCAGAAACCACGAAUGAACGAAAGCGAACGAUUGAACAGAGUUUUCAAGAAUUUGCUCAGCAAAUCGAUUCAUGGCGACCUUGCUUACAUUUUUUAUCUUCUACUAACAAUCAUUAUGUCAGUAUGUUCGCUCUGUCAACGUUAGAGACAACGAUCGGAAGGAGAUGGCCGAUACUGCUGUGGGAAGAUAGAGCUCUUACGAGAUCAACUUUGUACACGUUAUCUUUAGAAAGGGAUGUCGCUCCCUUUGUAAGAAACAAAGUAGUUAAAUUGGUCGUAGAUAUUGCAAGGCACGACUGGCCGCAUUUUUACCCAGACUUUUAUUCAAACAUUCUGCAGUUAUUAGGUCAUAAGCAUACGAGACUAUUGGGUCUCAUCUAUCUGAGGACAGCUUCAGAGGAAUUAGCAACUCCCAGGGAUGAUCUACCUAUACAUAGGAAGAACGAAUUAUUUAGGUUUCUCAGUGCUCAAGUGCCUUUGACGUUGGAGACUCUUACAAUACUCUUGAGGGAAGCCACGAAAUUGCAAAGUCGUUCUGGAACAGUUACACCGCCCCCGUCGCCAACCGGUGGACAAACAGUGGCACCUGCGAGAGCCAUUUUAGACGUCGAGCGGGGACUCGCAUCGGGAACCACCGAGGUGUGCAUAGCAACGUUAGAAGUAUUGGCACACUUGUUCAGCUGGAUCGAGUUAUCCGAACACAUAUCUACAGGCCUACUGGAUGCCAUAUUCACAUGUGCCAAUUAUCACGAUGCAAUGAACGUUAAGCAAAUUGAAAUGAGCGUACAAGCCGUGACAACGAUAAAUGAACUUUUGUAUCGACCUCUGUGCUCACCCGAUGUGACCGACAGAUUGUUGGUCGAAAUAUUUCAGAAUGGAGUCACGUUGUUUCAGCUGUUGGAACGCCUGGACUCCGUGAACGAAAGUUACAUGGAAAAGUUGACAGAGUUCUUACAAUUGUUCGUAACGAAUCAUCUAAAAAGGAUAGAAUCGUCUCCGAAAUUUUCUGUGAACACGCUGUUGGAAGUCUUGUGUCAUCACACCUUCCAACAGUGCUCGACGGUAAACGGAUAUUUGAGAAGUUUGGACGUUUGGGCCACUCUUUUAGAGAACGGUCAAUCCCGAUAUUCCCCAGUGACGUUGGCUCUCUGCGAGCAAGUGUUGCAGAAAAUAAGUUUCAAGCUCAACACGCGUACGCUGAAAGAUCUCGACACUGAAAACUUGGACGAAAACGAAGAAACGGAAUGGCAGCACUUCUUAAGGUGUAACAUAGAGUGUUUGGCUAAAGUGGCAGACAUUUCACCGAUUCCAGUUUUCACAUUAUUGUAUCGUACAUGGAGAGAGGAAUUAAUGAUGUUCGGAGAAUUGGGCACCGUUAUCGUUAAUAAUCAAGUAAUUCUACUGAACGAGUCGGAGGCAGCGAACGUACACGCACAUUUACGAGACUUGGCUUCCACCACUCAAGUGUUAGCUAGGCUGUAUUCACUUUUCCUUGGAGAUGAUCAAAACAUCGAUCAAACGUUAGCCGAAGAAGUAGUGUCUCAAACGUUGGACGCAUGUAAAUUUGCCAACACAAAUCAGUUGUACAAAGCGUCAUUGCAACCAGCAGCGAUCGUGAUCGACCUCAUAGAAGUCCAUUCACAGCUGUUGGCGUCGCUCCAAGCUUGGUGCCACUGGAUAGCGAGCAGGCCGCAGAAAGUAAAGGAAACGUUUUGUCGACGAUGCAUCGACUCGUGCAUCCUGGCUUUAGAUUAUACAACGUUCUGUGAUAAUCCUUUGCCAACGAAUCUGACUCAUUCCGCUACACAUCUUUUCCAAAGCAUUACUGCCAUAUUAAAACCCGUCCUAUGGGACGAGCCUACCUUUAGAAAUUUAAUAUCCAUGAUGACGUACCCGUUUUUUAAACCUGACACGAUAAAGGUGUUACGAAGGGCGCUCGUCAACGCGAUCAUCUUGCCGCCCGGCGAUGGAUCUAUUCGAGAGCGAUUAUUAGGCACGAUGAUCUCGACACUGUCUACGCCUCUCGGUUCAGAGGGCCAACCAGUACCUUCGGAAUCGUCCAUUUCGAUCACCGUGGUGCCGUUGACUCAACUGUUGGAAGACUGCUCCGCCUCGUCCACGACAAUAAAAAAGAUGUUGCAUUCAUGUUUAGGUCCGACGAUAAAUCGGAUUUUAGAAUUGUUACCUUACACGAUAAGAUGUCAGAGCAUAUGCGAGAUCUUGCUCAGUUUCUUGCAUUCGGUGUUCUCGGUGUUGCAGCAACAAUUAGGACCGGAGUUUAUACAAAACGCUGUUCAAGGCAUGCUACAUAUUUAUACCAGAGAAAACAUAUCUGUGGGACCUGCAUUGGAUCAAUUGUUAGAAAUUUUGAUAUUAGUCGUGUCGGCUCCCAGUAACGCAUUCAAAGCCUUCGUUCCUUCGAUAACUACUCUCUGUUUGGGUCAAGUGUGGCCUGCCGUUGGAAACGAUCUGAGCGCUCAUCCGGAUACUACGCUCGUUCUGUUGAAACUUUUCUACAGCAUACUUAUGCACCGAUGGCAAUAUUUUUAUAACGCUUCGAUUCUGCAUACCCUCGGUCAUACCGACGAGGACGAGCCGGUUGAACACAAGGAGGAAUUAGUCGCCAUUCUAGAGGCGUUUGGUCAGGCCCUUCUCCAGCCCGAUGUCAAUAUAUUCCGACAAAGCUUGCAAGGUCUCGAGCAACUGAACGUACGAUGGCGGCUGUAUCAACGAACCGUGUUCAAAGUUCAUUUAAUAGAGAGAUUUUUAAUGGCACUGUUCACCGUUCUAUCUCAACAGUCACACAACUUAUUGGCAGAUGAAAUCGCGACUGCCAUUCACAGUCUAGCUUCGGUCAAUAUAGCAUGGUUCUUCGGUCAUUUUCUACCCACGUUUUUGUCAAGUUGCGACGGAGUGGACGACAUGCAGAAAGCCACGUUGCUGGAAAACUUCGACAAAUCUACCGAUCAACCAACUUUGACGAGAUCCGUGCUGCAAUUAAUAGCCGACCUACGAUGUUAUCAGUUUUUUCUUCGACCCGGUUGAGACAGCUACGAUGACCUGACGUAAAACUGGAUUCCGACCAACCGAGAGGUUCAAUACGACUUCGACGAUGAUUUCUCUUUUAACAAAUCUAUCCGCCUACGCAAGCAGCAGAUCUCUUCGAACAUCUCUUGAUCGUUUGAACUGUUUUCUGAAAAUUAUUGUCAGACUGCGAAUUGUUAUACUACUAAUUAUUAUUUAUAAGAACUUCAAAAUGAGAAGAAUGGGAGUAUGAACUUGUAGUACCAGAAAUAUCCAAACGUCUGAUUUGACGGGGGUUUGGGGGGGGGGAGAUGACGUAUUGGUGGAACGUCUGGAUCAUGUUUUCUGCCUUUUACACACAUAUACGUUUAUGUAGUACCGACGCGUGACGUUCAUGGGAAUCCGUAGUAGUUAUCUAGUUUCACGAAGACCACUGCCCAAAACUGCAUUGUGAUGUCUCCAGCGUUCAUUUUUUUAUGGAAUAAAACAUGUUUUCCUAAUAGUCCA